AUGUCUUUAUUUACAAAUAGAUACAUAUUACUAAUAACUACAAUUAUUUUAUUAUCAGUGUUGGCAACUCUACCAACAGUUAAUAGCCAAUCUACUGUCAAUUGGCAGGCAGGAGUUAACUAUGGAUUGGGUCAAGUUGUAAAGUACUCGAAUGGCAAUUGCUAUAAGGUUGUGAAUGUCGGAUCCAACGGAUCCGAUGGUACCGAUCCAACAGUAUCAACAUGGUAUUGGUCGCAAGUGACUUGCCCAUCUUCUGGAACCGGAUGUAGUGAUAUUGCUGUCAAUUGGCAAGCAGGAAUUAACUAUGGAUUGGGUCAAGUAGUAAAGUACUCGAAUGGACUCUAUUACAAAGUUGUGAAUGUAGGUACAAACGGAUCCGAUGGUACCGAUCCAACAGUAUCAACAUGGUAUUGGUCACAAGUGACUGAUUGCUCAGGUGGUGGAAAUCCAGGAACUGGAUGGAUUGUAUCGGAAACAACUUUCAAUCAAAUCUUCCCAAAUAGAAAUUCUUUCUAUACCUAUGCUGGAUUAGUUGCUGCCCUCUCUGCAUAUCCAGCCUUUACAAACACUGGUACAUCAACAACUAAACUGCAAGAAGCAGCCGCAUUUUUAGCAAACGUAUAUCAUGAGACCGGUGGAUUAGUUUACAUUCGUGAGAUCAAUCAAGCCAACUGGAAUUCCUAUUGUCAACCAGCCGGUACAUGUGGUGGUCUUCAAUACUACGGUCGUGGACCACUUCAAUUGAGUUGGAACUACAACUACAAUUCAUGUGGAAAUGCAUUGGGAAUCAAUCUACUCGCAAAUCCUGAUCUAGUUGCCACCGAUUCCUCUGUAUCAUGGAAGACUGCAAUCUGGUAUUGGAACACUCAGAAGGGUGCUACUGCCUACACUCCUCACGAUGCUAUGGUAACUCUUCAUGCAUUCGGUGAGACAAUCAGAGCUAUCAACGGUGGACUCGAAUGUAAUGGAGCAGCUGGUUCACCACAAAUGCAACAACGUGUUCAAUACUAUACAACCAUUUGUGGUAUUCUAGGUGUACCAACCGGUGGUAGUUUAACUUGUUAA